AUGGGCCUUCAGAAGUGGGGAAGAGACUGGAGUGUGGGUUGGCGAAAGAGUCUACUUGUUUACGCAGUUAUCAAAUUCCAAAUUAGUGGUCAAGGCGAUAGAGAGUUCAAGGCUGAGAUGGAGACGAUAGGGCAGAUCAAACACAGGAACCUUGUUCCGCUUCUCGGUUACUGCAAAGUCGGAGAAGAGCGGCUACUUGUGUACGAGUUCAUGAAGUAUGGGAGCUUGGAAGAUGUAUUGCACGACCCCAAGAAAGCUGGCGUGAAACUGAACUGGUCCAUGCGACGGAAAAUCGCCAUUGGAUCGGCUAGAGGGCUUGCCUUUCUUCACCAUAACUGCAGUCCGCAUAUCAUCCACAGAGACAUGAAAUCGAGCAACGUGUUGCUGGACGAAAACUUGGAAGCUCGGGUUUCAGAUUUUGGGAUGGCGCGGCUGAUGAGCGCGAUGGACACGCAUUUAAGCGUCAGUACGUUAGCCGGAACGCCAGGUUAUGUUCCUCCUGAAUAUUACCAAAGCUUCAGGUGUUCAAAAAAAGGAGACGUUUAUAGCUACGGCGUGGUGUUGCUCGAGUUGCUUACGGGUAAAAGACCAACCGAUUCGCCGGAUUUUGGAGAUAAUAACCUGGUUGGAUGGGUGAAACAGCAUGCAAAACUGCGGGUUAGCGAUGUGUUUGAUCAAGAGCUAAUGAAGGAAGAUCCAGCACUAGAGACAGAACUUAUACAGCACCUGAAAAUUGCAAUGGCGUGUUUGGAUGAUCGGGAUUGGAAGCGACCGACCAUGAUACAAGUCAUGGCAAAGUUUAAGUUGAUACAAGCUGAGUUGGGUCUAGAUUCGCAGUCGACGAUCGGAUCAAUAGAGGAUGGAGGAUUCAGUACGAUAGAGAUGGUUGAUAUGAGUAUUCAAGAAGUGCCUGAAGGAAAAUUCUGAAAAGCUUUAGAAACAGAGAACCAAACCAGAUUCUUUUGAACACUCCAAUUUUCCUUUGGUCUUAAUCUUUUUGUAUUUUUUCUACUGUAUUCUAAAAUGUAUGUAUGUAUUUAUGUUGUUUAUACAUAAGACCGGAUGUUUGGUUCGUUCGGACUUGGGGAUGGAGAAGAGAAAAAAGAGUAGCAACUUUGUUAAGAAUAUGUAAAUACACAGUUUUUCUUCUGUAA